UCAUCUGUCCAGGGAAGUCUGGUCGGCAUCAUGCUGGCAUCUGGAACCUGAGUAAUGAAGCUGAAGGGUUGUCAUUCCACACCUGAAGUCUCUGGACACAGUCUGAAGUAAAGCAUGCUGAGGUGGCAUUCCUUGCGUUGAUUAGGUUGAGAUCGGUGGAUGCAAUAUGAUUUGGUAUGACUUGAGAGAAGCAUGCAGGAAAGUAAGCCCCACCCUAAGGUUCCAGGACUAGGGGAAAUAUAGGCUCUAUAGUGGAAAUGUGAGGUUCCUGCUGUCUUAGGGUUCAAGAAGACAAAAGAUAGUUAUUGUUAUCAUCACAUUAUUUGGUAAUUGGGUUAACUUUGAAAAGUCCCUUUGUUAGGACUUGCUGUAUAAUACCCAACAUCUUGUAUGUAGCUGUGCUACUGGUUGCUUCUGUUCUCCCUGGUCUAGGCUUUUGAGAGAGUCAACAUAUCAAAGACUCAGCCUAUGCAUUAAAAAGAUUCAGUCUGUGCUUUAAAAAGUUUGAGACAUACAAUCAAUUUUCCCCUGUCAUAUUAAUUAAGUAGUGAUUUGUAUGACUACAAAUUAAUAGGAGUGUACAUAAACACCAUUCUCACCACCAAAAGACUGUCACUCCCACUCCCCCACCACCCCAGGAAGCUGAAUGUCACCCUACAUUAUUCAAUAGGAUAGAGAGAAAUUGAGAGAGAAGGAAGAGAGAGAGGGAGAGUGAAAGACAUCUGCAGGCCUGCUUCAAUGUUUGAGAAGCAUCUCUACUGCAUACUGCAAGUGUGGGAGUAGCGGUUCAAACCCUGGUCCUUGUGCAGGUCCUUGCUACAUAUGUUUAACCUGGUGUGCCACCACUCAGCCCCCACAAACCAACUUUUAAGUAACUAUUUUCUUAGUAGUGUACUCACAGCCUUUCAAAAUAAAAAAUUUCAAAACUGUGACACCAUAUAAACAUAGAACCUGUUUACUGGUUUUCUUUAAAAAAAAAAACAAACAAAAAACUAUAUGCUACCAAGUUAAGAGAACCUGGAAGAAGUGGAAGAGCUCCUAGAAACAUAUACCCUUCCAAAACUGAUCUAGGAAGAACUACAUAACCUAAACAGACCAAUCACAGACAAUGAAAUUGAAACAGCCUUUUGCUGCUGAUGGUUGCACUCCUGGCUUCUUACUCAGUUCAUCUUCUUCUUAGUAUGUGUAUUCAGACAGCUGUGACAUCUUAUGAAGAUCUUGGACUGUUUGCAUUUGGAUUCACUGGAAAGGUGGUAGUGGCAGGCACCAUAAUAAUACAGAAUAUUGGAGCUAUGUCGUCUUAUCUUUUCAUUAUUAAAGUAGAGCUUCCAGCUGCUAUUUCAGAAUUUUUGUCUGGAGACCACAGUGGGUCUUGGUAUCUUGAUGGACAAAUACUACUAGUUAUCAUUUGUGUUGGCAUUGUAUUCCCUCUUGCACUUCUUCCUAAAAUAGGUUUUCUUGGCUACACAAGUAGUUUAUCAUUUUUCUUUAUGGUGUUCUUUGCACUUGUGAUAAUCAUUAAAAAAUGGUCUAUCCCUUGUCCUCUGACAUUAAACUAUACAGAGCAGUACUUCCAGAAUUCAAAUGCUACAGAUGACUGUAAACCAAAGCUCUUUCAUUUCUCCAAAGAGAGUGCAUAUGCCAUACCAACCAUGGCUUUUUCAUUUCUUUGCCACACCUCUAUAUUGCCCAUAUACUGUGAACUUCAAAGCCCUUCAAAGCAAAGAAUGCAGAAUGUAACCAACACAGCAAUUGCUUUAAGUUUUGUUGUUUAUUUUAUAUCUGCACUCUUUGGCUAUCUUACUUUUUAUGACAAAGUGGCGUCAGAAUUACUGCAAGGUUAUAGUAAAUACUUGCCACAUGAUGUUGUUGUCAUGACUGUGAAGUUAUGCAUACUAUUUGCUGUGCUUUUGACAGUCCCUCUAAUCCACUUCCCUGCAAGAAAAGCUUUAAUGAUGAUAUUUUUCUCCAAUUUUCCAUUCUCAUGGAUUCAUCAUUCUCUGGUCACUCUAAUACUCAAUAUUAUCAUUGUUUUACUUGCAAUAUAUGUUCCUGACAUUAGGAAUGUAUUCGGUGUAGUUGGUGCCAGCACUUCAUCAUGUUUGAUUUUUAUAUUCCCAGGACUAUUUUAUCUGAAACUUAGCAGAGAAGAUUUUCUCUCAUGGAAAAAAGUUGGGCCUUGUGCUUUGCUCAUCUUUGGAAUUUUGGUUGGAAAUUUUAGUUUGGCAUUCAUCAUUUUUAAUUGGGUUAAUAAAUAAAUGAAAUAUAUUUGCCUA